UUUUGAAUCCUUCGACGCUCGGUAUGGCUAGGAUUGAUUUCGGGGCUGCAGACUCGGUAGGCUAAAGAUGCUUCUUGCUUUGUAUAAGCCACAUAUUUACAGCUUGUCCUACAUGAACCGCGGUUAUUUCUAGCGAACUUGUAUACUCCUACGCAUCAGUUAUGUCAUUUUAAUUAGGAAACGUGACAAAUCCUUACCGACGUCUGAUUUCUCUAGGACAAACCUGUUUGUGUCGCGAGGCUCUGAGCGACUCAGGCCUGCUGCUGACCGAGGAUGGCCUGGAAAAGCGCUUGUUUCAUUAAGCCACCUUUUUGUCUAACCCUGUUUUAAUUGCUUCCCAAUGGCCUCUUUCGAAAUUCAUUAUCUAGUAACCCUCUAUAGAAGUGAGUACUAGGGGAUCCAAUACUAUGACGGAACGGCGCGGAUCCCAUCUGAGCUAUUCGUUCUCUGUCCCAAUGCCUCCAGUCCCGCCUAGAUCCGACGGUCACAUCGAACCGAUCGAGAGGGCUGCCACUUCUGCAACGGUCCAUAAGAAUCACCGAGAUCAAGUGAACCGGAGACGCCAUAAUAGUCAACGAAUCAUCGAGAAUCCCCUAACUCACCUUACUGAGGAGGAACUCCAAAGAGAUGUCUUCGUAUUUGCUGAGGAUUGCCUACCGGAAGUUGACCGGAACAAGCUCCUACGCGCAGCCAGAGUAGCCCAGAAUGACCGCUUUUACUACGAAAUUGCUCGAUCUGAGGAACCAGAAGACCACCAUCCCGCUCUAGUUACUCUAACUCCAGAGGAGAAAACCGCUCUAAGGGCAGAAAAAGACGUCCUUUUUUCUGGACGGAAAAUGAUAAUCGUCAUCCUCACGGUCUCUCUCGCGGCCUUUUUACAGGGUUUUGUGCAGUCAUCGAUCAACGGAGCCUCGUUGUAUGCUUCGGAGUACGGACUCCCGGAUGUGACCUCGUCGGGAUUCGAUUCCGAUGCGGAUAACGCAAAUCCCCACCCGGACGAUUGGAAACUCGGAGCGACUAACGCGUCGCCAUUUAUCUUCGCAGGACUAAUCGGUUGUUGGUUAGCGCUGCCUAUUAACGAUCUAGUUGGUCGUCGAGGUGCGAUGGCUGUGGCGGCUUGUUUAGUCUUCGUAAGUUCGUUAGGUGCGGUUUGGUGUACUAGCUGGUAUUCACUACUUGGCGUGCGGGUAGUGAAUGGCGUAGGCAUGGGCGUGAAAGCCGUUAGUACGCCUAUUCUAGCAUCCGAGACAGCGGUGGGGUCGUGGAGAGGCAGUUCUAUACUCGCCUGGCAGCUAUGGGUCUCCUUUGGAAUCAUGAUGGGCUUUGCCUUCAACCUCAUCUUCUACACCGCACACAACGACCCGCUAAUCGUGAAACUGAUCCUGGGAGCGCCACUGGUCCCGAGUAUUUUCCUUAUGAUAGGGCUUUGGUUCUGCCCUGAAAGUCCUCGUUACUACAUGCGACGAAGGACUUCUAGCUACGACCCCGCGAAGGCAUACGACGUCUUGCUGAGACUUCGUCAAACAGAGCUUCAAGCCCUUAGGGAUAUCUACUUGAUUUACAAGUCUGUUCAACUUGAAGAAUACUCUGGUAAUGUAGACGAAGAGGAUCAAGAUGAUGAUGUUCCUCGAGGAUGUUUCGCCUACAUCAAGAAAUAUGCGGCUCAGUAUAAGCAGCUUUUCACUCAACGGCGGUUGAGGAAUGCUCUGAUUAGCAGUUCGAUAGUCGCGUUGGCUCAGCAAUUAUGUGGGAUCAAUCUCUUGGCGUUUUACUCAGGCUCAUUGUUCAGCGGGAUUAUAGGCGAUUCCAAUCGUUCCGAUCAUUUAAAACCGAUGCUUUACAGUUUAGGAUAUGGAGCCGUGAAUUUCUUUUUCAGCCUUCCAGCGAUCCGAACUAUUGAUACCCUCGGUCGCCGCAAGUGGCUCGUACUUACAUUGCCUGCGAUGUGCCUGGCUAUGCUGGCUGCUUCUCUGUCGAGCAUGAUUUCUGACGCCCACACUAAGGUUGGGGUUGUCACUUUCUUCGUGUUUUUAUUCGCAGCUAUCUACUCACCGGGGAUGGGUCCUAUUCCAUUCACUCUUGCAUCCGAAAGUUUCCCGCUUUCCCAUCGUGAAGCUGGUUGCGCAUUCGCAAUUGCAAUAAACCUCCUAUUCGCCGGACUUAUACAGAUGUUCUUCCCAAGCAUCUACGCAGGUCUCAAAAAUGCCGGCUCGCUAGGCCUUUUCGCAGCGCUCAACUUCCUCGCCUUCGUCCUCGUAUUCUUAUUCGUCGAAGAAACCAAACGUCGAUCACUCGAAGAUCUGUCUCUUAUUUUCGCCGUCCGCAAACGAGACUUUGUCAUGCACCAGAUUACUCAAUACAUCCCGUGGUUCAUCCGCUACUACUUGCUUGGCCACCACGAAAAAGAAAAGCCGUCGCUUUAUGUAGACAUGAUAUGGGGCGGCCCGAGGUCGAUGACUUGGCUUGAAGGGGGCGAUGGAGUGAAUGGGGAAGGGGUAGAUGAUGGUUGGAAUGGAUUCGGUGGAGGGGAAAUUGAUGGCAAUGGUAGAGGCCGUACUUUCAGUGAUGAUCAUGGUGUCCCUCCAUCUGUUAUCCGCCGGCCCUCGGCAUUCAUGAUGUCGGAUCUUGGUGGGUCGAGGGACUCGGAAGAUUCGAAUGAUUCGGCUCAUAGGUGAGAUCCCAGGUGCUGCUUUUUGGUGGAUGCCUGUUCUGUUCCGGGGGUUCGGCGUAGUCCUCGGGGUAUGGAUCUUGGUAGGGGGAUAUGUAGGUGCGCGGCAUCUUGGCUAAGAUGUUUUACGGUAUUUUUGGGUUGGCGGCGUUUAAAGGGUAAAAAUUUGUCGGAAUACCCCUUCGGAUGUUGUUGGUGGUGAUGAGGUUGUAUGUGAUAUGAGAUCGGGAACUUUUACUUCAUUUACUGUACAUAUAACGGUGUACUUUAGAUCGCGCAGCAUGACGGCGAUGUUCCUGUCCCUACCUACCAGUAUAAUAAAGAUAAAGUCAAGAAUUAGAAGUACCUAUCUUUUACACAUUCACUCAUUUAUACAUCCACUCUUCAUU